AUGUGUGUAAAAUGUUGUGGCCAGUGCAACCAUGUCCUUAUCUUACAUAGGUUUUUCACAACUCUGCAGGAUACACUAUCAAAGAUAGUAAAGAGUUAUGAUACUGUUUCCAGUAACAUUAAACUGAAGGAGCAACAAUUCAGUGGCAUCACAAAUGUGACUGAACAGGUAAACAGGCAAAAUGAGAGACAGCAAACAGAGACACAAGUGAUCCAGAUGGAAAUCUUGAAACUCAGCUACAGCAUAGAAGAACAAUUAGAGAACUCACGUUUCUUGCUGGCUUGGUACAACAGUUACCAUAAUAAAAUGGAGAGCUACAAAAUGUCACUUGCUGCACUGGAGAUCCAAGCAACUAUUCAUAUGGAGUUGAUGGAAAAAAGGGAAGAGGUGAAGAGACAAAAGGAGCAUAUAGAUGAAUUGAAGAUGAACUUUCAGAAUCCAGAGGGGAAUGCUUUACAACAGGCUCAGAAAGAAAUUGACAACUUUAAGACCCAGAUACAGAAGAUAAAAGAGCUUGUAAGAAGAAAAGGGAUACUACUGGAGAAAGAGAAGAAUAACCACUCACAACUGAGAAAAUAUAUAGAAAUUCAUAACAGAACAUAUGAGGCCAUUAUGAAACGGCUUUGCUGCCAGCUGAACAAAGCUCUGUCCACUCACAGAGAGUUAAGCCGUGACAUAUUCCAUAUGGAGAAAGAGGUGAAACAUCUCAAGAAGCAACUAGGUACUUUAUACAAUGUAGAAUGA